AAUAUAACAGGUUUAUUGGUGGAACUUUGAUCCUUUAGUCCUACAGUAGCUGAAGUGAAAAUUUCUUGUUCAGAUCCAAAACGUUGAGCUGAAAGCAAGCAACAUGUUCAGGUAAGACAACUACAGAUGUCUCUAAAAGGUUUCUGACUUUGAUUGCAGCGGUUGUUAACCUGAUUUUAAUGUCUAACAGUUUAUAGAAUGCAUGGUUUGUUUCUUUGACCGUAUGAGGAUCUGUUAUGUAAUGUCCGUCACACAUUUUAAUCCAGAGUUUCUUCACUUGUAGGUUUUCUCUAAUAGUGUGUGUUUCUCUGAUAUUUGGCAUCACAGCAAAGCCAUACAAACCCUUGGUAUGUAUAUGUCGCUCCUGGCUAUCCACAAUAUAACAAUGUAGACUCUGCAACUUGAAAUCAUAAUAUAAAUUAUUCCUGAUGAAUUUCAAAUGCCAACAUGUUUGUUUUUGGAAAAGACGUCAUGUAAUAUUUGUGCUGUUUUCUCAGACCAAACUCACAGAUGAAGCGAUCCAGGAUACUGUUAUGUCCAUAGACGACAAAGGAAAGAUGGCCUGGAGAGUGGAAGUGGAGCCUCCACAGAACAUGGAUGAGACUGACUAUGACAUCGACCCGAGCAUGAAGAUUUGGAAGAGUAUGAGAGACAUCGAACAGGACAAACAGCCCUGGAAGGCCGAGGAAGACUUAGAUGACCUGCGCCAUCCUUCAGUAGUUGAUCUCAAGGUUCAAACCCGAAACAUGGACGCCGACAUCCAGGCAGAGCCGUGGCAGGAAGUUUCCAACAUGAAGUACAAUCCCGAGCCUGAGCUGGACAUGGAUGAAGUCUACCACAAAGCUCUGGAGGAUGUGGCUGGAUAUCUGGCUCCACUACGGGCUGAUUUCAAAGCUGGUGAAGAGGCCCGUGUUGAAUACUCCGAACCAGAGAAGGAUGAGGAUGAAAUGUAUCACCGUGAUGACCAGAGUUCAUCUGUGCAGAUGGAGGAGCUGAGCCGUGAGGUCAUGGUUCAAAGUGAGAGAGUCAGAGUUCACCUCGAACCAGAGGAAGACAUGGACGACCUGUACCACAAAGAUGUCCUGCAGCCCAUUCCUUACCAAGGAGAACCCGAAGCUGCCGAUCCUGUUUAUUUUCCAUCUCAGAGAAAGUACAGCGAGCCAGAGGAAGAUCUGGAUGGUCUGUACCACCAGUGAUCCUUCAACAAUUCAACCUGUGUAGAUCUUUAUCAUUUCAGAUCAGAUACAAACAGAGCUGUUACGCAGGUAAAUAAACCAGAAGUGUCAUUUGACUCCAUUUAACUGUCCCCAAUAAGAAUAAACAC